CUCUCUCAAAAUGGCUCCAUUUUUCUUCCUCAAUGUAUGCUUGAUCCGUUUCCUCCACCUUAUCUCUAUGGCCAUCUCAGUCUCUCACAUCCUUCUCCAGAGCUCAUGCCUACAGAAUACUUUUAACCAAUGAUGCAGGGCCUGGAGAAUCAAUGUUUGGACCACUUAGUUUUCCAUCGCACUCCGAAAAGAGACCAUCGUUUCUUUUAAAAUAUGAUUUCGGAAGCGAUGAAGCGCUCAGCUGUAUAUUCUGCGAAGAGAAUUUCAAUUUACCAUCACAGCAAAAUCAAUUACUUUCGCAUUUGUUUUCAUCUCACCGCCUUGUGAUAGCAGAUGUAGAUGUGAUAGCCAAUUUGAAAAGUUAUUUGGACUACUGGCGUGUGCGUUUUGCAUCAUAUCCCAUAAAAAACUUCUGCUCCACUGUGUUGUUGGAUGUGAAACCAGAUGGUUCGCCGUCUCCAGAAGAAGAAUAUUUUUUGCUGUCAGACGUGUUGCCGGAAGAUAAACUUUUGAGAGAAGGGCUUCAGCAGAAGCGACUGGAGUGGGUGCUGGAGAGGCAGGCGGAGGAGAGGGACGACACCAGCUUCUGCAGGAGCUGCUUGUUCUGUCGGCUGGAAGUCACGCCAACCAGGAAGGAUUACUUCAAUCACUUGUCCUCCAAGCACAACCUUCAGCUGGGCCUGCCAGAGAACUUAGUCUUUACAGAUAAACUUUUGGAUACUAUUCAAGAAAAAAUGGACAGUUUACAGUGCCUGUUUUGCGAGAAAUACUUCAAAGACCGAAAUGUUUUGAAAGAACACAUGCGUAAGAAACAGCACAAGAGAAUCAACCCAGACAACAAACUGUAUGACAAGUUCUACAUCGUAAACUACUUGGAGAUGGGAAAAAACUGGCUUCAGGUUCAACGAGAGCCAGAAGAGGUGAAUCUUGUCGACACGGAGCCUGAAAACGAUGACUCAAACUGGUCGGACUGGCAAGAUGAAGAUAGCUUUGGUGAAACAGUUGUGUGCUUGUUUUGUGAGACCGCAGUUCAGGACUUUGAGAGUGUAUUGAGGCACAUGAUAACGGUACACUCAUUCAAUUUUGUAGAAAAUUGUAAAAAGAAUCAUCUUAACUUUUAUGACCAGGUGAAACUGGUUAAUUUUAUUCGUCGCCAGGUGCAUCAACAAAAGUGUGUACUUUGCAGCGAGUGGUUUGCAGAUAAGCAGUCGCUGUUUGCACACAUGAAAGGCAGUGGCCACAUUGCAGUUCCAGAUAAACAGUUGUGGAACCAACCGGAAUUCUAUUUUCCUACUUACGAGAAUGACAGCUUUCUUUGUUUUUUGGAAGAUUUGGAGGACAACGAUGCAGAAGAUAACUUGUGCAUGCAACUAGAACAGCAGCUCUGAGUUCAAAACAGCUACCACAAAAACCAUGAUAUAAUGCUGGAAGAUAAAACUGAGCUUGUUUUAUAAAUAAACUGCUUUUUCAUACAAGCCACAUAAAUGAUAAUUUGUAACAUGGUAUAUGAGUUAGAUGGUUUCAAAAAAUGCAUAUAUUAUCUAGAAAUAAAAAGAUCCACUAGUA